GACGAGGAGGAGGAGGAGCCGCGGCGCCUCGGCCUCCGCGCCGACCGCCGCUCGCUGGCUUUCCGGCCAUGAACCCCCCGGCGCCGGAGCUGGGGUCGGGGCCGGGGCCUGGGCCGGGGCGGGCGGGUGGCUGGCGCUGAGCGAUGUCGCGGGCCGGGGGCGGCGAGUGCCGCAAGGAGCCGGCGGGCUGGGAGGGCGAGGACGGGCAGUGCGACUCGGGCAUCGAGUCCCUGCGCUCGCUGCCGGGCGGGAGGGAGACCCCCGCCGAGAUUCCCCCCGCCGCCGCCACCGAGACCCCGGUCGAUACCGUUGCCGAGGAGCGGCUGGACUCCAGCUACGGCUCCGGGGCACUUCCCGAGCCCCUGCCGGGGCUGCCGGCCGCCUGCCGCGCCGAGGAGCCGUCGUCACCCCAGGGGCUCAGCCGCCAGCAGCUGGAGGCCCUCACCUACCUUUCAGAGGACGGAGAUACGUUGGUUCACCUGGCCAUUAUCCACUGUGUUCCCACUGUGGCACUCUGCUGCAUCGCUCAGCUGCCCAGGGAGGUGCUGGAGAUCCAAAAUGAUCUUUUCCAGACCCCACUGCACCUGGCGGUGUACCUGGAGCAGCCCAGUGUGAUCCAGGCGCUGAUCCACAAGGGAGUGAACCCUGGGCUGCAGGACCGCAACGGCAACACCCCGCUGCACCUGGCCUGUGAGCAGCAGCGCCUGCACUGCGCCCAGCAGCUGCUGCAGGGCACAGGCAUGGCUCUGGCAGAUGGCACAGUGCAGUCCCAUGGCCACCACCACGACCUGCAACUCCAGAACUGGCAAGGCUUGGCCUGUCUGCACAUCAGCACCUUGAAGGGGAACAUCCCGAUGAUGUCUCUGCUGCUGGAGAGCGGGGCCAACAUCGACGUUCGGGAGGGCACGAGCGGGAAGACCCCACUGCACCUGGCCGUGGAGUGCCACAACCGUAAGGCUGUCCAGUUCCUGCUGCGCAACGGGGCCUACGUGGAUGCCCAGAUGUACAACGGGUGCACCCCACUGCACCUGGCCGUGGGCCGCAAGGACGCUGCCAUUGCCGCCAUCCUCUCGCACUCCGGAGCUGACACCCUGCUGAGGAACAUGGAGAACGAGACAGCCCAGGACCUGGCUGACGGCAACGAUGACCUCCUCGCCUUGCUGCCCUUCGAUGACCUGAAGAUCUCGGGGAAGCCUGUUGUGUGCUCCGAAUGAGCGGACAGACUCCUUGGACCCGUGGGGCUGCCCCCACGCUCUGCCCUGAUGCCCACCAGCCCGCCGGGACCUUGCCUGCCUCCAGUCCAGUGGGAGCAGAGACGCUUUGGGACACUUAUCCUCCCGCCUUCACUGUCCUCUUUGGAAAAGCUUUGUUGGCCUCAGGCUGCCCUCCUGGAAGGAAGAAGGUGGCACAAUGAGCACUACACAGGGCGGGUUUUUCUUUUAGUAUUUGUGCCCAGCAGCAGGAUGGAAUUUCCCCUCCCUGCCAUGGGUCUGACUCGUGGGGGUCUCCAGCUUACCCUGGGAAGGAGCAGGAGCAGACUCCUCUUCAUACUGUAUGAACGGAGCAUCCUCUGGCACCCUCACAUGCCACCAGAAUAAGCGUGGGGCAAGGCAAGUUAACGCUCACUCUAAUAAACAUUUGUUCUUGCUGUGGGCACCUGAGGUCUCAUGUGAUGUAACCCAUCCCACUGCCCACAGCAGCAGGAGGCUGAGCGUUACCCCAGGCAGGUGAGGGCUGCAGGGGCUUCCCCAGCCCGCCUGCCCACUCCCACUUCCUGGGGCAGAAGGUGAGUGGGAGCGCAGGGGCUUCCCUGCUCGCAGAGCUCGUCCAAUUCUGAAGGCCAAGGCUGAGGGAUGCCAGCCCGGUGCUCUGCUCCACGAGCACGUGGUGGUGGGGUUGAAGGGGGAGUGGAGGAGCCAGAAGACUAGGUUCUGGAUCCCUGUUUCUCCUGUCACACCUGACACCACUCUGCCUACCUGUGCUGUGGUUUUUGCUUUCGUACAGGGCAUAGAAACAUCCUGCCCCAUCUCUGACAGAGGGGGAUGUUACAAAACAUGUGUCUUCCCUGGCUUUUCAGUUCCCUCAGGAUGAAAGUGGAAGAGGUAGCAGGGUUAUCUCUGCUGUUCAGCUCGCCACCCUUCCCUGCCCCCUCUCCAAGCCAGAGCAGCACAUGGCAGCGUGUUAAGGAACCAGGAGCCAAAGAUGUUAUGGGUUGCCCAUCUCAGCUGGGGAAAAUCCCCCCUUCCUGCCUGUGAGCAGUUGCUAUUGUUUGGGGCAAAUCCUGGAUGGCGCAAACACCCGAGAUCCUCUGGAGCAUGCUGUUGUCUUUCUUCUCUCUUCUUGGGAAUACUGCUACGUAAGCAGCACAAGCUUCCCCCGGGCCUCUGGAGUGUGCCUGGUCGCUUCAGCAGCCCUGGACUGGACUGCUCUGUUUCUUUUGAAUCUUUGCCUUGCGCCGUCUGGCGGGGCCUCAGCCCUGUUGCAGACAAGCCAUAAGCUUCUGCUUCUGGGCCUUGGCCAGCACCUGCCAGGGUGGAUGUGCCGUGGGGCUGAUCCGGUGCCAGCUUCACAGGGAAUGACAUGGGGCACUCCCAGGUAUCCCAGAGCAGGAGCAAGGCAGAACAGCUCGGUGGGGUGAGGGCUGCAGCGGGGUGGGAAGGGGAGGAAAAAGGCAGAAGCGGGUGAUCUGCACAAUUUUUAAAAAAACAGAAAUGAAUAAAAUACUUUUUUUUAA